UCUUGGACUUCCUGCAGGACAGGAGGAGCAGCCCUGGGGCAGGGUAAGAUAUGGCUCGCCUGCCUACGAGGGGUUGGCUUUUGCAGCUCACCUGUCAGACUUGGGGCAUGUUCUUUAGACCAGUAUUCACACUCUGAAUGGUGCAUGCACAAUGGCAGAUGACAUUAGUGAAAAUGAGUGUCCCAGCCAACUCCCCCUGUAACAGUGAAAGGCUCAGUCUCUCUGACUCUAUCUUAAUUCUAGCCUGUGGUUUUCCCCUUGCCUUCAUGCUCACAGCUCCUGAUAUAAAUAUGCUAACAAUCAGAGAAAUUCUGCCUGAGGCUCAAGUUUUUCAAGAACAGCUCUGCCAGGGGGUGCCUCUCCCAAGGAGGUGGGGAAAUACUUACAAAAUAAUGAUUGUUUAUCAAAGAUUUGCAGGAGCCUGAAGACCAGUCUCAGAACAGCAGAGGUCAACAGACCAGGGAACAAAGAGAUUUAGAGAUUUUGAGCUCUUUCUUGGGUCCCUGUUGGCGCCAAGAAGUCACAUACCUGUUGCCCCACUCAUUCUCCCUUCCCUUGACCUAAAGAGGCCUGGAUUCUGGGCUCUCUUAAGAUGGAUUUGAGAAAGCCCUAAGGGGGCCCCAUCUUCUCAAGUUUGUGCCUUCUUGAUCAAUAAGCCUUCCCUUACUCCAGACUCUGAGGAUUUGAAUAUUGGCCUUUGCAGUGUGGGUGGGGCACAUGGACCUUGAACCAGUAACUCCCCUGGGAACAUGUGGCCAGCCUUGAGCUGUGGCAGUUCACUCCCCACCUCCUAAAGCCCUUCCAUGCCCUCGGCCUUGUGCUUCUAGAACAUAGCCAUCUAGCCAAGUGUGGAAGGGGUCAGAGCGAAGGUAGAGGGCCAGAAGCUGAGGGCUGUCAGCCUCCAGGGGGCAGUGAUUUACACUGACCUUAAAGAAUCUUCUUAAUGAACAGGUGGGUGACGGAUUUGAAAGCAAGUCUUUGCCCUCCUCAGCCAGUGGUGUCUUCAGGUGCCUUUAGGGGAGAAGCAGCACUAAAGGUGACAUGCAGAGGUUGGUUAUGAUGAGGCUAUAUCUUAUGAGUGAAACGAAGAGGAAUUCACCCAUAAGUCUUCUCUAGAGUGGUUCACUCCAACUGCAAAACAAGUAUUAUGGAAAAGUAAUAGCUAUUACUUAAAAACAAUUUUCCAGGCAUUGUAUCAACAUAUUUGCCUUACCUUCUUAACUUUUUACAUACUAUUGAUGGCCUUAUUUUACAGGUGAGCAAACUCUGUGAGAUUAAGUAAAUUUCCCCAAAUUACACAGGCACCCUAUGAAGUAGAUACUCUGGUUAUUCCCAUUUCACACAUGAGGAAGCUGAGACAAAUCUGGGAUUUGCAUCUGGGUCCUUCUGACUCCAGAUCCCGAGCUCCUAACACCAGGAUUUCCUGUCUGCCUGCGAUUACAAGCUCAGGCACUGAGAAGGUGUUACUCCUCUAGUCAGGCAACAAGAGAUGGCAAUCCCACUGGGAUGUACAAUCCACAAAGAAAGUCUGGCCAUGAAAGGGUGAUAACCCAGCUCCCACGUGGCUCUGAGGCAAUGAAACAAGAAUUUCCUUUCCGAGUGGAAGGCUGCUGAUGAAAGCUUUGUGACAGAAAGAAGGGAGGCCUGUCCGAGAGCAGGUUGCACAGGCCCCAAGGUACUGCUGAAAAGUGCUCUCACCUGCUGCUUCCUCAGGAGUCGGCCAGCAGCCCUGCCGACCGGACCCCAGUGCUCAGCCAUGAUAAGAAGAGGCCUCCAAGGGGCAGCAAGACUCAGGCACCACGGAGCCCUUCCUGGUGCCGCCCGCAUCCUGCCCAGACUCAACCCUGCCUCAGCAUUCGGAUCUUCCACGGACUCCCUGGUCUCAAGGUUCUGCCCAGAGAAGACAGAUUUAAAGGACUAUGCCCUUCCCAAUGCCAGCUGGUGUCCAGACAUGCUGAGCCUGUACCAGGAAUUUCUGGAGAAGACUAAGGCCGAUGGCUGGGUCAAACUGCCUUCCUUCAAGUCCAACAGAGAUCACAUCCAGGGGCUCAAGCUCCCAUCUGGGUUAGCAGCCACCUCAGACAAAAGUGACUGGCGCCUCUUCACCAGGUGCAUCCCAGUGGAAGGACAAGGCUUCGAGUAUGCCAUCUUUUUUCACCCAUCCAAGAAGAAGUCUGUCUGUCUUUUCCAGCCAGGACCCUACUUGGAGGGGGCCCCUGGGUUUGCCCACGGAGGGUCCCUGACAACUAUGAUAGAUGAGACCUUUUCUAAAAUUGCCUUCCUGGCUGGAGAGGGGCUGUUAACACUCAGCCUCAACAUCAAGUUCAAAAACUUGAUCCCCGUGGGCUCUCUGGCUGUACUAAACAUUGACGUGGAAAAGAUUGAGGACCAGAAGCUUUACAUGUCCUGCGUCGCCCAGAGCAGAGACCAGAAGACAAUCUAUGCCAAGUGCUCAGGUGUUUUCCUUCGGCUGCAGCUGGAACAGGAGUAACAGUCACUCUGCCUUCAGGAGAGCCUACCUCUGACUGUCCUGCCUGCCUGGGACCCACUGCAGGGCAGGGAGGGCUCCCCAGGGAAGCCACUGAUGAAGUGAAGGAGGGGGCACUUUUCUCUGAGCAAAUAAAGUCUCACAACCCCACUCUCAGCCCAA